GAAGCUAAACAUCUAGUUUACUCAGCCAUUCACUAUGAAGUUCAUCGUUUUGUUGUUAACAGUCGCCGCCGCUGCUUUUGCAGCACCACAGGGUUACGAUUUGGGUGCACCAUCAGGUGGAGGUCUCUCCGCUGGAGCAGGUCUUUCGGCAGGAGGAGCCGGUGCAGGCGGAGCUGAUUUGGGCAGUGGUGAGGGUGCCAUUACUGGAUGCAGAGAUGGAGAGGUCCUACAUGUAGAUGGCACUUGUGUCAUCCCUGAAAUCACAAGAAAAGUAUACCUAUUCAACGUUCCUGAACAGGAACGGGCUGUCGGCCCAGCACCCAGUAUUCCUCCUCCUGCAGUAGAACACAACAUCCUCUUCGUUCGUCUACCUGAAGAAGGACCAGCACCCGAGCCAAUCGUUCUUCCUCCACCAAGACAGAACAACAUUGUCUAUGUCCUCAACAAGCAGGAUGAACAAGUUCAGCGAGUGAUCGAAGUACCAGCUCAGCCACAGGCUGAUCCUGAGAUUUACUUCGUCAACUACCAAGAAGGAGAAAACCCGACUCUUCCCAUUGGAGUAGACCUGGAAACUGCUCUCAGUUCCGCAGCAGCAGCAGGCGGUCAAGUCCUCGGAGGACUUGAAGGUGCUGGAGGAAUUGCAGGUGGAGAAGCCGGUUUUGGUGGCGCUGGUGGUGUCGCUGGUGGAGAAGCCGGCAUUGGUGGCGCUGUUGGAGUUGUUGGAGGACAAGGAGGAUUUGGUGGCGCUGCUGGAGUUGCUGGAGGACAAGGAGGAUUUGGUGGCGCUGCUGGAGUUGCUGGAGGACAAGGAGGAUUCGGCGUUGGACUUGUAAAUGGAGGGGGAUUAGGUGCGAUUAAUGGAGGUAGUAUUGGAUUGGGUAUCAACGGAGGUGCUAGUGGAGUGCUACAAGGCCAUGGAACUCAACCUUCAGGGCUCUACAGUACCCCAUAGAGUAACUUAGUUUACAGAAAUAUGUAAUUGUAGCGUUACUGUGUAAUUAAUAUAACAUACAUACAUAAAAUUCUUGUGAUAUCA